UUGAGUUGAAAGGCUGAUCGAGAAUUAUGGGUUAUUUUUUAAUUUUUAAUGUUUUCAUAUCAUUUUUGGUAAAUUUUUAUUAAAGUAAAGUGAAGAAGUGAACUGGUUAUUAAUAUUGUUCUAUUUAUGAAGACACAACUUAGAAAUCUUAACUUGUUAUUUUGUACCGCGGGAAAACUGUGAAACGUUUGACUACUAUAAUGGCCGCAAUAGCGCCAAUGCUCUUCAUGUUUGUUCUUCAGCAUUAUUUAGGCUAGGAGUGCUAGUUAUGAUUUUUAUAUCAUGUUUAUGAGUUAGAAUCCCUUAAUUGAAAUGGACAUCAACGCAGAGGUCACCACACAAUUGUCACUGAUCGAUGCACUCCUGAGCGACCUUGACAAGACAAUUACACCAUGCGCAAGUAAAAAGAAUGAGAAAAAAGAAGAAGAAACACAGGAUGCGAUGCCAGACUCUACUACCAACACGGAAAAGAACAAUGCCAACCCAUUCCACUGCGGAGUUGAUGUCCUUGUCCCCAACAAGGAUGGCCGCUACUAUUUAGGCACAAUUGUGGAAUUAAGCACAAGCAACGACAACGAUUCGUGUGAAGUUGGUUCGGGGGUGGCGCGAUGUUUAGUCAAUUUCGGAGAUGGUACCCACGCAUGGGCAUCGGUGGCUACUCUCAAGCUGCUGAGUGCUCCUCCGGCGGACGACGGGCGUAUCAUGUGCGUGGUUUGCAAGAGGCGCGAGGGCCCCGCGGCCAGUCCUGCCACCAACGCGAUCAUCGCUUGCGAUAUGUGCGGCAGGGGAUACCACGCGAAGUGCCACUCGCCGCCUGUGGAGUCGUGGAUCAGUGGGGCGUCAUGGCAUUGCAAGAGAUGCGUAGACCAAAGGUACAGAGUGGCAGCGGCCGAGAAUCGGGCUCUGAAGCGAUCAGAUCUGUUUAGAUUUAAGGGCGGGCAGCAACGGAGGCAGCAGCAGGAACUGACCCCUCCUUGUGAUACCGCAUCAUCCACGGCAUCCGAUGCGGGAAAGGACCAAAAUGAAACUAACUGCUACUGCGGAGAAAAAAGCGAUUGGCUUGCUCAGGUACUUGCCAACUCAGAUUCAUCUUUGGGGGAAUAUACACCGCGAUAUUUAUAUGACUUGGAACAUUUCCAGAUGCUGUUAUGCUGCAGAUGUUCUCGAUGGUUCCACCAAAGAUGCGUGACCAGUUUGCAGUAUCCGUUAUAUGCGGGCGAUAAGUUGUACAUAUUCGCGUGCGCGCACUGCAACGGCGGCGCCGAGUACCUUCGUCGGCUCGAGCUGUGCUGGCUAGAGUUGGCGCAUCUGGCUCUAUACAACUUGACAGCGUACAAUGCGCCCAAUUACUUCGAUCUGGACAGCGUCAUCAUGCCCUACAUCAUGGAUAACUGGCACGCGCUGCAGCUUCCCGAAAAAAUGUGGCGGACUCCGGUGAACGAGCGGCGAGAGAAGAUACUGACCGCGCUUACAUCGUCGCGCAAGCGCUUCAAGUGCGGAAGGGAGAUGAAGAAGCGUGCGACCAUCUGGGGGCUGCGCCUGCGUCGUCCGCCGCCGCCGCCCAUGCAGCUGUCGGCAUUGGAACAGAUAAAGAAAGGAGAACCUUUGACUGAUGAUAUGGUUAGAGAAUAUGCACCUAGGCUUCGCUUUUUGUCACGGCCACCCUCACCGCAAGCGCAAUCCAUCGUAGAUGACAGUUUACAACCGUCAAGUAGUAACCCAUACAAAAGUUCCUAUAAAAAUCAGCACAUGAUCGUCCCAGUAGAUGGACACUGGUUGAAUUUAAUGAUGGGGAAACGGUUUCAUGAAAAUUUGAACUCUAACUCAAAUUCAGAAAAUGACUCCACAAGUUCCUAUGAAUCUGUUAAGCUUUCCGAGAAUGAGGAGCAACGCUCUCCUGCCGUCUGUACUUCUUCCACUAGGAAAUCUGAUGCCAAAGAUGAUAAAUUAGAAAACAUAUCGAAAGUAAAUGAGUCUUCGUCUCCGCUAGAGACCAGUGAAGCUAAUUCUGUCUGUGAAACUCCUUCUGUGCCAUCGUGUAACACAUCAUUAGUUCCAUGUUCUGUAAAGUUAGACAAAAUACCCAAAGAGACUCCUGAAGAGAAAACCGAUGACAAAACUGAUAACGGCAGUUUGAAUAUCAACACGCAUUCGACUAGAAUAGCGACUAUGAACUUGGAGGUGUCCAAGUUGUCCACUAAAAACAUUAUUGAACAUUCCAAAAUAAUGUCGCUGCAACACAUGGACAGUGUGCCCGCUUACAGCAGCAACUUCAUAGAGAUAGAGUCGUCGGGAGACGAGACGUCCAGUAGAGGCACUUUAGAUGCUAUUAUUCCACCAUUAAAAGACUUUCAAGGAAAAAAUAAUCCUUUCUUGAUGAAAAACACUUACCCAUCGAAGUUCAACUCAUUAAAUAUGUAUAAGCAUAGCAAACAAAAUGGGAAGCAGUAUCCGUUCCAGUCAAGACUUUCUUUGCCUGUGCAACUGAAUCCCCUGAUGGGCCCUCUUGUGAGGCCGCUGAAGAGAAAGCUUAGUGAAAAGGACAUAGUUAUAUUACCUAAUGGCGAAGUAAAACGCAGAAAACAUCGAAGACCUAGGAAAUAUUUGCAAAUGCAGUUAAACAAGUCGUGUCCCCUUCCCGAGGACGCGAAUAAAGCAGUCCAGGCGCAGAACGAGAACGUGGACGUCACCCCGCCGCCCGCUCACAACAACACAAAAUUCCACGGCAGAAGACUGAGACAGCGGCAGGAGAAGAAUUACUACGAAAACGCUCGCCGGAACACCACUAGCAACGCAAGCAAUAACAGUAGCGUGAAGAGUUUGCAGUUGAGCCCGCACAAGAGCGGUGGAGGCAGCACCAGCGUUGACGCUCUCCAGUUGUCGGCACUGAAGUCCAGCGUUCAGUCGUACUUCCGAGCCGGGCAGACUUUCCGCGUGCUGGCACGUCGCCUGGCGCCCGGCGCGCAACCCGCCUACCUCAUAGAGUGGGACUCCAACGCCUCGUAGUAUUGUACGGCGUUAUAUGAAUUUAUUUAAAUAUACAUGUAAUGUAAUAAUAUAUAUUAUAAGCGCUU